GAAUGUAUGCCCAACUUCACGAAAUAUUAGAAAAUACUACCAUAUUACUUUCUAUUAAUUGGAUAGUUAAACUGAAUUAAACUCUAAAUACACACAACAAAACAAUGCAAAAUGUUGUUUCUUAAGUGAUGUUUGUUAAUUAUUGAUAAACUAAGUAAAACGUCGUUUGUUUAGAUGUUGGUGUUUUUGUGUCAUUAAUUAUCGAUUUAUUUAGCUUUAAGAAACUAUUUUGUGUAAAUAAAUGCAAAUAUUUCCAUUAAUAUUGGAUAGUCAAAUCUAAUUGAAGCAUAAAUAUGGAACCUGAUAAUACUCAAUCUGUUGAAAUACAACCAGUGGAAAACGAGGCAUCUAUUAAAUCUACGACUGCCGAUCACGAAGAUAGUGCAUUAGCUGCAAACUCAACAAAUGGUAAUGAUACCGACGUAGGCACUCAACCCCCAAAUUCUAAAGAUAUUCAGAAACCGUCACCCAAAAAGCCGAAAAAGAGGAAACCUAAAAUACCACGGGAUGUAACUGCGCCUCGCCAGCCUCUGACUGGUUAUGUUAGAUACCUCAAUGAACGUCGUGAUCAGUUAAGAGCUGAACAACCAGAAUUAGGUUUUGCGGAGUUAACUAGACAACUAGCCAGUGAAUGGAGCAAACUCCCCACUGAAGAAAAACAGCACUAUUUGGAUGCAGCUGAUCAAGAUAAGGAAAGAUAUAUUAAAGAAUGGGCAGAGUAUAAAAAAACUGAUGCUUAUAAAGAGUUUAGAAAGCAGCAAAUGGAACAAAAAGAUACAGGAACUGUAACCAAAAAGGUUAAAUCAUGUGUUGAUAAUAAUAUUAUAAGUGUUACAGGAGGUGCUACUCAAAUUUCUGCUGAACCUGUUGUGGGUGGGAAUAUAUCAACCGGUUCCAUUCUCAGUGCAACAAGGCAACAAACUCCACCUCGACCGAGGCCCUGCAUAACACCUGCUUCAGGUGAAGAAAUGUCUGGAGAUACAGAUAUACCUAUUUUCACUGAUCAAUUCUUACAACACAACAAGUUGAGGGAAUCUGAACUUCGUCAAUUGAGAAAAGCAAAUUCAGAUUAUGAGCAGCAGAAUGCUAUAUUACAACGUCAUGCUGAAGAAGUAAGUGCUGCUACAGCUAGGCUUCGAGCUGAAACAACCGCAGCAGCCGAACGCACAGCCUUGCUUGUAGCUCAUCGCAGACUUUUAGUGACAUCACUAGUUCAGGCUUUACAAUCUGUUGUGCUGCCUUUACAAAACGGACCAGCUGGUGCAUCAGAGUCCAACAUAGAGGAGUACAUGGAAAAAUUACAGAGCUUGGUAACAGAAGGAAAGAACAAUCCAGUAUUGAAACAGGCGAAAGACAUAUUAAAUAAAAUUGAAUUACCUAUGAAUUAACAAUUUAAUAAAACCAUUUAUAUAUAU